AUGUCAGCAAAUCCAGUUGACAUUUUAGCCUAUGAUGAGCCACGAAUUAUUUGCUUACCUGCGGUGCAAUCAAAUCCGUCAGAUCACGAGAACUAUGGCUGGCAUAUAUGCCAGUCUAUUUUUAACAUGAUUGGAAGACUGUGCAUUGGAAUCGUGGUCGGUAUCUGCCUGGCUUUUGCUUUUAGAAACGGAUUGCCUCUUACCGCCACUAAUCAACAUAUUGUUGUGUGUGUCAUUGGAUACCAAUUGCUCAUGGCCGAAGCCUGUUUAGCUUUAGCACCAGGGAGCUGGGCUUCCAAUUUCACUUUGGUGGACAAAAGACGUGUCCACUGGAUUCUUCAAUUAGUUGGUUCCAUUCUGGCCAUAGCGGGCUCUGUCUUGAAAUCUAUCGACAACAACGUCAACUGGUUUAGUUAUCAUGGACAGUUUGGUUUGGUUGCCGUGGGGUUCACAAUAUUGAGUUUAAUCAAUGGCUUCACUUCGCUCUACGCGUAUGAGCUGAGCAGGAUUAUCCCUGGAAACCUGUCCAAGCUCACCCACAUCUGUUUUGGUGUUGUUGCCUUUCUUACCUCGUGCAUUUCUUUAAUCUAUGGCAUGAAAAAGGCUUCUUUUGUGGCCUGGAUGCCUGUUUUUAACAGUACCCUUAUUGGACUUACCAUUGCUCUUGCAAUGAUUGUUAAUAUAAAUCCUUUCCUCACAUUCUUCCAAAAGUCUAAAAGUGUCUUGAGGCGUAUGAAAUAAGGCUUUAAAUGGAAAUUCAUACCCUUGGUAUAAUAAAGCCACAUAUGAUCAUACGCCGUAAGGGUGCAAGUGCUUUUAUCACAUGAAAGUUAUAAAAAUAAUAUCGAUGAAGAAGAAGUCCAUAUUAUUAUUACAGAUUACAAAGAUCGAAUACCAAGUAAAAAUUCCAUCGAUAUAAACCAAAAACAGAAAUUCGAUCCGCUAGUUCGUCCCGUGGCUUUGUUGGCAUAGCGUCUGGCACGGUUUGCUGGAUGACGUUGGUUCGAAUCGAAGGUUUUUAAUAUCUCUUAUAUUUGCGGAAUUAUUGCCUGGGUACACUUAACGAUUACACCUGUAGAUACUGACUAGCGCUUAUUAGAGUCGCUCUAUUUCAAAAAAAUCGAAGAAUAUUCCGGGAAAAAAGCGAGACUUUCGAGUCUAUUUCAAAAGUAGGUUACCAUAUUUGUAAACUAUGCAUUAAGGCUAUGGAAACAUGAUACAUAUUAUAAUAAUAAAGUUAAAAAAAAAUUUGAAUUUCGACCGGCGCACCUGUCUAGUACAAACUGAUACCGAAUAAGGAAAGUAACUGAUAAGGGUGUAGACUACGAUUAUUGUUCCACUAAUGUAUUUUCCUUUCAAGCCAGAAAAUGACUCAGUUGUUUACACUGACAGUGGAAGGUCAUUCCAAUAUUUAGAUGCGUCAAAACGGAAGUACGGAACACAUAUUACCCUUCUUUAUAUUAUUAUAUUAUUCUUUUAAGUAUAACGAAUGAUAAUGAAUUAUUUGCUAAUCAGGUUUUCGCAAGUAAUAAUGUUUCUGCAAAUAGUUCUAUUUACCGAAUGUGUAGAACAUAAUAGGGAUAUUUGUUGUAACCAUUAAUUAUAUUCCUUCUAUAUUGUUAUUAUUGUUUUU